AUGCAAUCAUCUAUUCCGGCUCCUGUGGUCUACAAAACUUAUCAGAAAAAAAAGAAAUUUGCAGCUGAUACUGUCUCUACUGAACUUGACGUAACUGAUUCUGCAGCUAACCCCUCUCUUGAUACCACUCCUCUAUACCAAUCAGCAUCCCGUGAGAAUGCGUCUGUAGUAGCACCAUCUGAGUUCUCAUAUUUUAGCAAUUCUGAGUCUUUGUCUUUGAACCCAGUUGGUGACGGUCAAGAGCAGAGAUACCCAUCCCGAGUAAGGAAUAAACCAUAUCGUUUUGGUUUCUCCUCUAAAGCUUUAGAAGAUCCAAAGUGUAAAUCAGCAAUGGCAGAGGAAAUGAAAGCUCUCCAAGAAAAUAGUACAUGGGAUAUGGUAAAUCUUCUUGAUGAGAAGAGGACUGGACAUUGUAAAUGGGUGUUUACAGCCAAGUAUAAGCCAGAUGGAUCAAUUGAGAGGUACAAAGAUCGGCUUGUGGCAAAAGGAGGCAAUCUAGUAACUUGGAGAAGCAAGAAGCAAAAGGUGGUGUCUUUCUCUAGUGCGGAAGCUAAAUAUGGAGCUCAUCAUCAUGCUAUGACAGAACUGAUUUGGUUGAAGAUCCUAAUGAAGGAACUUGGAUUUGGCCCCAAGAAACAUAUGGUAAUGCAUUGUGAUAACACAUCAGCCAUUGAAAUUGCUAAUAAUCCUAUCCAGCAUGACAUAACCAAACACAUUGAGGUUGACAGACAUUUCAUCAAGGAUAAUAUUGUGAAUGACAUCAUUACUGUGCCUCACAUCAAGUGA